AUAGAGCUGAGCAGCAGCCUGGCAGAGCAGGAGCAUCCUCCUGGACAGCCAGGAGAUGUUGGCCACCCUCACCCUCCUUCUGGGGCUGCCCCUGGCCCUGGCCACCCAGAGCUGCGCCCCGCUCGUCCCGGUCACCUUCAACAGCACCACCAUCCCUCAGCUCCUGGGACAGUGGUUCUACAUCGCUGGUGCCUCCAGGUACCCUCCUCACCUGGCAGAGCUGAGAGCAGUGACAUUUGAAGCUUUUUCCUUCUCUCCUGGCAGUCACGAGGAUGAGCUCAACAUCACCGAAAUCAUAAGAAUGAACGAGACAUGUGUGGUGAGGAACUCCAGCAAGAUCCAGGUCUUCCAGCAGAACUCCACCCUGGUGCACGUUGAUGAUAACGGGGUGGUUUCCACGGCCAGACUGAUCCAAAGUGACAAAGACCUGCUGAUCGUGAACCACAUCAACAUUGACUCCCCAAAUCUGAGUCUCUCAGGGAUCACCCAGGAGCAAAGCAACCCUAAAACUCCAUUUCCUUCCCUCCCUUUCCAUUUCCCUGACAGCACGGACCCCCAACGUGAGCAAGGAGCACAUGGAGGAGUUCAAAGCCCACCUGCAGUGCCUGGGCUUCACUGAGCAGGAGGUGUUCUACGCUUCCACAGAGCAUGCCUGUCCCCUGCCCAGGGAUGAAGACAAUGCAGAUCCUCAGCUGGGGUAACCCCCAUGGACUGGGUCAGCUGCUCCAUCCUCAUCCUCCUCCAGCCCCAGCCAGGCUCAGCACAGCCUCAGAACCUCUUAUGCUAUUUAUCCUACCCAUGUUUUGGUUUUUCCUCCUGGAUUAAACACCCAGUUUCACUGUUCUCAACUGAGCUCAAAAUAAAUUCCUGUGUUUUACCCA